GACGGGAAACACGAAGAAGCGGUACGGUUCUGCGAGAGAUGAACAAGUCUCUGUCUUUUUUGUCUCCGUAGUCAUAUUAGAUACAUUUCACCUCGUCACACUGUAGGUUACGUUCAUCCAGACGGAAUGGUCCGCUGUCAAGAAUAGCCGUUCGUCCGUUUUCAAGACAUGUCGUUCCAUCAAGACCGUGGCGGACACAGGGCUGGAAUGGCCUCUGGUCUACGACACCCUCCUCCCCAGCCGUCUGCAGCUCAGUACCACUAUGACCCCCAGACUUCUUCCACUCCCGGUUACCAUGGUAGCCACAGUUACGUGCCUCCUCGUACUGACUUCAUGCAGUACACGUCCCUGCCUCCGCCCCAGAACCCGACCUCAGUGAACGCCUGCCCGGUGCGUCCUCCUUUUCCAAAGCCUCCUGUCCGACACGGCUUUCCUGACCCGCCACCAAACUUCCCGCCGCCCCCGUUGCCCUGCCCGGCCACUGGGCCCCCGCCAGCCUCUCAGAUCCCCGGAGUGAACCCGUACCACCCUUAUAUGAUGCCUCCGCCUCCACUGCCGCACAUGCCGCCCCCAUUGCCACCUCAGUCCAUGAACUACCCCCCAUUCCCCAUGAACUACCCGCACCCACCGCCGCCUUUCCCCCCUCCCCCCUUCAACCCUGGCUACAUGCAAAACCCAGGCUUGUACCAGCCAGACCAGAGCUUCCAUCAUUCGGGCCAGUACCAGCACGCCAAGCCCCUGGACCACAGACGGUCGCCGGACCGAGGCUAUCGCCAUGACGACCACCGGCAGAAGAGCUAUGGUGACAGGAAGGAACGCGGGAGGAGUCCGGACAGGCACGGUGGGCGAUACCGGUCGGAGCACGACCGUGGCCGGAGCCCGCCCAGACACAGGAGCCGGGAGCGCAGCAGGGACAAAUUUCGUCACAGAGAGAGUCGGCGAUCACCGUCGCCUGACCGACACAGGAAGCGGCCUAGAAGCCGGUCGUCCAGCAGAGACCGGAAGCGUGGCCGCUGGGAAGAAGAUCGUGACCGCAGGUCGGACAGCUUUGCGGGUCAGAGCCGAGACCGCGGCUCCUCGUCUGCAAGGAGCCGGAUGUCCGAAGACCACUUCGCAGAGAAGGUGGACGAGGACAAGGAGGAGGACAACCUGCUGAAGCCGGCCUGGAUCCGCUGCACCCACGCCGAGAACUUCUACUCAAAUGACCCCAUGGACCAAGUGGGCGACUCCACGAUCGUGGGCACCAGCAAGCUUCGUGAUCUGUAUGAGCGCUUCGAGGAGGAGCUGGGAAGGAGGCAGGCCAGGGCGAAGGAGGCCCGCCCCAAAUGGGACCCACCCAAGACCAAGCUGGACGAAGACCAUGACGACAGCAGCAGCGAGUCAGAGUGCGAGUCAGACGGCGAGGGAAGCUCCUGCUCCAGCAGCUCUGACUCGGAUGUCUUCGACGUCAUUGGUGAGAUCAAGAGGAAGAAGGCUCAUCCUGACCGGCUGCAUGAGGAACUGUGGUACAACGACGUGGGACAGAUGAACGACGGCCCCUUGUGCAAGUGCAGCGCCAAGGCCAGGCGAACAGGGAUCCGCCACAGCAUCUACCCGGGGGAGGAGUCUGUGAAAGCAUGUCGGCCCAUGAACAACAACGCUGGGAAGCUUUUCCACUACCGGAUAACUGUCUCCCCUCCAACCAACUUCCUGACGGAUCGUCCGACAGUGAUCGAGUACGACGACCACGAGUAUUUGUUUGAAGGCUUCUCUCUCUUCUCUCAUGCUCCUCUGGUUGACAUUCCUUUGUGCCGCGUGAUCCGCUUCAACAUAGAUUACACCAUCCACUUCAUAGAGGAGAUGACACCAGAGCACUUCUGUGUCAGAGGUCUGGAGCUCUUCUCCUCUUACCUGUUCCGGGACAUCCUGGAACUCUACGACUGGAACCUCCGAGGUCCGGAGCAUGAAGACGAGGCGUCGGAGUGUAAUCAGUUCCACUUCAUGCCACGAUUUGUUCGCUUCCUACCAGACGGAGGGAAGGAGGUCCUGUCGAUGCAUCAGGUGCUGCUCUACCUGCUGCGCAGCAACAAACCAUUGGUUCCCGCUGAGGAGAUUGCCGACAUGCUGCAAUGGGAGGAGCUAGAGUGGCAGAAGUACGCCGAGGAGUGCAAGGGCAUGAUCGUCACCAACCCCGGCUUGAAACCCAGCUCGGUGAGGAUCGACCAACUGGACCGGGAGCAGUUCAAUCCAGAAGUCAUCACCUUCCCCAUCAUCGUCCACUUUGGAAUUCGGCCCGCUCAGCUCAGCUACGCCGGAGACCCCCAGUACCAGAAGCUGUGGAAGAGCUACGUUAAGCUGCGCCACCUGUUGGCCAACAGCCCGAAGGUCAAGCAGAUCGACAAGCAGAAGCUGACGCAGAGAGAGGAGGCACUUCAGAAGAUCCGCCAGAAGAACACGAUGCGCCGCGAGGUGACAGUGGAGCUCAGCAGUCAGGGAUUCUGGAAGACCGGCAUCCGCUCCGACGUCUGUCAGCACGCCAUGAUGCUGCCGGUUCUGACCCAUCACAUCCGUUACCACCAGUGUCUGAAGCACCUGGACCAGCUCAUCGGCUACGUCUUCAAGGAACGCUGCCUCCUGCAGCUGGCCAUGACACACCCCAGCCACCACCUCAACUUUGGCAUGAACCCUGACCACGCCCGCAACUCCCUGUCCAACUGCGGCAUCCGCCAGCCCAAAUACGGCGACAGGAAGGUCCACCACAUGUACAUGAGGAAGAAAGGAAUCAACACGUUGAUUAACAUCAUGUCCCGCCUGGGCCAGGACGACCCCACCCCCUCCAGGAUCAAUCACAACGAGAGACUUGAGUUCCUGGGCGACGCAGUCGUGGAGUUCCUCACCAGCGUGCACCUCUACUACCUGUUCCCUCACCUGGAGGAGGGUGGGCUGGCCACCUACCGGACGGCCAUUGUUCAGAACCAGCACUUAGCCAUGCUGGCCAAGAAACUGGAGUUGGACCGCUUCAUGCUGUACGCUCACGGACCGGACCUGUGCCGGGAAUCGGACCUGCGUCACGCCAUGGCCAACUGCUUUGAAGCUCUCAUCGGAGCAGUUUACCUGGAAGGAGGUCUGGAGGAAGCUCGCGAGCUCUUCGGCCGACUCCUCUUCAACGUCCAGCUCAUUAACGCUCCAGGAGGGGGAAUCAUUGUCGACAUAUUUUCAAGGCAAAUUUAUUUCUAUACAACGCGGCAACCCAAGGAGCUCCGGGACGUCUGGCUCAACUUCCCGCCUCACCCCCUGCAGGUUCAAGAGCCCCUGACGGACCGACAGCUGAUCGAGUCGUCUCCGGUGCUGCAAAAGCUCACCAGCUUCGAGGAGUCCAUCGGCGUCCUGUUCACACACGUGCGUCUGCUGGCGCGAGCCUUCACCUUGAGGACGGUGGGCUUCAACCACCUGACCCUAGGCCACAACCAGAGGAUGGAGUUCCUGGGAGACUCCAUCAUGCAGCUGGUGGCGACGGAGUACCUCUUCAUCCACUUCCCAGACCACCACGAGGGACAUCUGACGCUGCUGCGGAGCUCGCUGGUCAACAACCGCACGCAAGCCAAGGUGGCGGAGGAGCUGGGCAUGCAGGACUUUGCCAUCACCAAUGACAAAACCAAACGGCCCGUGGCCCUGCGGACCAAGACCCUCGCCGACCUGUUGGAGUCGUUCAUCGCGGCGCUCUACAUCGACAAGGACCUGGAGUACGUGCACGCCUUCAUGAAUGUCUGCUUCUUCCCCCGGCUGAAGGAGUUCAUCCUGAACCAGGACUGGAACGACCCCAAGUCUCAGCUGCAGCAGUGCUGCUUGACCCUGCGCACCGAGGGCAAGGAGCCCGACAUCCCACUGUACAAGACGCUGCAGACCGUUGGACCCUCACACGCCCGCACCUACACCGUGGCCGUCUACUUCAAAGGCGAGCGGAUCGGCUGCGGCAAAGGCCCGAGCAUCCAGCAGGCCGAGAUGGGAGCCGCCAUGGACGCGCUCGACAAAUAUAACUUCCCGCAGAUGGCUCAUCAGAAGCGCUUCAUCGAGCGGAAGUACCGGCAGGAGCUGAAGGAGAUGAGACGAGAGCGCGAGCGGCAGGAGAAGGAGACGGACGAGGACGACGGGAAGUGACGGACGGCGAGGUCACUGGACGUGGAAAGUUUGUCUGUGACGGCAGCCGCUGAAUUUCUGUUGCGCUCAAGUUUCACACUUUAGCUGUUCGCUAAUCGUUAGCGCCACUCAAAUGCUGUUGCUAACGUUAGCGCCUCCAGUAUGACUCUGACACUCUGAAGUUGUUUUUGUGCGUUUUGUGAAGUCGUGUGACAGAAAGUGCCACCAAGCAGGAAAUGAAUAAAUAAACACUGAUUUUGUACCAAAACUGUGUGUCAGCGGAGGAAACUCUUCUUGUGGGCUGCAACGUCAUGAGCGCCUGAUGUUGUGCUUGUGAUCUUUUGGCUGUUACAGCCUAAUGUUGGCGUCAAGCUGGUGUGUUUCUCUCCUCGGCCCACCGUUUGUUCACCACAUUGGCUUGCUUGGUCGCGACGUGCACCACAGUAGACCUGGGUUCCACUGCAGCUCAAACGUCAUAGUGGAGCAGGUUUGGCCCUGGGGCCUUCACACUGACUCAUGCUUGUUACGAGACCAAGACAAUGACGGCUGUCUUUGUUUGUUUCGGCGUGUGGUGGCGCUUGAAUGUGCCAGAUGGAGGUGCACAGUCAUGACCAGGGUUAAUCAUCAUUUUUACAUGAUUCACUGUCGUUGAAAUGAUGCUUUUAUUAUGGAGGUUGACAACCGUUGCAUUUAUUUCUAUCAACUUUUACCUCUCUUUCUGGUGCUUUUGUCAGUGUCCCCUGUUUCUCAUCAGCAGUAAACACUGACCAUGUUGCUGUCGGCGUUUGAGUUACAGCUAAUGUUGACUCCAAAGGUCACUGGCCGCACGUAAACGAUCUGCUGAAGGGUCAAAGGCGCUCCAGGCUUCCACCUGCAGGAGCAACAGCGACGUGGCACCUGAGUCCGUUUUCCAAAUGUUUAAUUGUGUCAUAUAAAUAUUCAGUACAAAAUAUCACGUUUUACAAAGCAGAUCGAUGACGGCCGGUGAAGUCUGGCCCGCUCCGACGACCCCCGACACCAAGAAAAAGUGCUCACACACGUUUGCACCGACAUCAUCAUAGAGGUGAGCGACUGUGUCUACACAUCGACAACCACAAUUCUAUCACACCCGGAGAGUCGCCGG